AUAUAUAUAGCUUGCGGGGUCACCGUGUUCUGAACUCGGCGGCCCACAGCUGCUAUGUGCGUUCCAAGCAACUUAUCAACCCGCAGUCUUUCGAGCCGCGUAUAGAAGUUCGAUAUCGUGCAACGCGCAGGCUUGUCCGCAUACGGCGCGUGCCACAUGCGACAACAUCUGCGCGUACACUGCACAAACGGAACGUCCCCAUUAGCUGAAGUGAAACGGCUGUGCCGGGCCCGCAUAAGCAUUGGCAGCGGGCCCUGUGACAGGCUUUGUGCGAAGUGUUACGUGUAGCAGCCCAUUUUGGUUUGAAAAAGAGGAGUGUAGUUGAUCAGCAGUCACCAAUUUGCACGACCUAUUGACGUGCAGCCGCUAGGGGCUGACGCUGCGGUUAAACUGGGUUGCAGAGGGCCAACCACCACGCGCCAUUCCUUGGAAGGAUGUACGCUGCACGUUAGGAGUUAAAGUCCUACAACGGCAGACUAAAGGUUCAAGUUAAAGGCUCCGCCAUCGGCACGUGAAGCCGUACAGCCAUGCUGUGGAGCUUGCUGAGGACUUGGUUCCUGGCGACGACCGCGUUCUACGCCCUGCGACCUGCCGUGAGCACGGCGCUGUUCCUGGUCUUCGGUGCAUGCGAUCUGCUGUGGAUGUGUCUGAGCAUUGCAGCAGCCGUCUGUCUCAAGGGCCGCUCGGUGCUCGAGAUCAGGGAGAGGACGGAGGAACCGGCGUGCCUUAGGGAUCCGGCCCUGGGAACUCACGAGUUCGCCACUUUGGAUGACGGUAUGACAUUGCACUACGUUUCUGCCGGACGCCGAGACAAGCCCUUGGUACUUUUGCUCCACGGAUUCCCUGACAUUUGGUACACGUGGCACAAGCAGAUACUCGAGCUCAAGAAAAACUACUGGGUCGUCGCACCAGACAUGCGAGGGUAUGGGCAGUCUACGAAGCCCUCCAGUGUUGAGGAGUACCAGAUGUCUUACCUGAUCGAAGAUGUCAGGGGCCUCCUACAGUCUUUGGGGAGGAACAAGGUGAUCCUGGUUGGUCACGACUGGGGUGCCGUGGUGUCGUGGUGCUUCGCCAACAGGUACCCGCAGAUGGUCGACAGGCUGGUUACCAUCAACGGAGGCCACCCGGAUGCAAUGAGGCAACUGCUGGAGACCAGCCUCACGCAGAUAUUCAAGUCGCGCUACAUGGUCGCCUACCAGUGUCCCCGCAUACCGGAGGCAUGGCUGACCAUGGACGACUUCGCCAAAGUGACGAGCCUGUGCAACAGCGGUGACGACGCACAAGAAACCUCCGUGCUCCAGUACGCUUUCUCAAAGCCAGGUGCUGUGACGGCGGCAGUGAACUACUACCGUGCUACCUUCUGCAAGAAGUGGCAGCUGAGGAAGACGCGGUACCGCCGCCUUGACAUCCCCACGCUCGUACUCUGGGGUUCCCGAGACCCGUACCUGACGCCGCAAGUGGCCGAACUGAGUAGGUGUCAUUCGCCUGAAGCUGUUGUGCGCUUCUUGCGUGAAUGUGGGCACUGGCCUCAUCUGGAAAACGCACCGGCUGUCAACGAGGCCCUUUUAGCGUUCCUGGCCGCCGGCGCCCCGGCCGACACUGGUCAGAAAAGCUGGACUCAAACGCUGCCGGUCAUCGCUGUGACACAAACAGCCUGAAUAGAGAUUUUUGGCCUCAUUUGAAAUCGAGGGCUCUGUCUUCGAUCGAACGCCUUGGACCGUUUCUGACGUAAGUUCUGGAAUAUCAGAACACAUCUGGAGCCGCGAGCAUUCGCUGAUGUGACAGUGUUUCUGCUGUUUGUCCGGCCAACGCGCAGGACAUGAUCUAUGCUACGUGAAAAUAA